UAAAAAAAAAUAUUUAUUAUUAAAAAAAAAUAAUAAUAAAUUUAAAGUAAAAGUGAAUUGAAAUCGAAAUUGAUUUUUCAAAAAAAAAAAAAUUUAUUAAAAAAAGUGAAAAUAAUUUUUAAAAAUAAAAAAAAUUAUUUCAGACAAAAAAUUAAGUCUGAAAAAAUUAAAUGAAGAAUUAAAAAAAAAAUAAUUAAAAAAUAAAAAAAAAUAACUUUGUGAUUGAUCGUGCUGAUAAAAAUCCAUUCAAAAUUGCAAAAUUAAAAUUUUUCAACAAAAUGGUCACUGGAAUUGACCCCUCGUCGCAAAUAAUGACAAAUCCAUCGCCGCCGUCGCAAAACCCACCGAUGGCGACGCAACUUGGCAACAUUGCCAACGGAUCUCCCACGCCGCCCUCCGUGGAGCCCGUUAAGCGUCCCAGCGAUGCCAGACGAAGUAACAAGCCAAUCAUGGAGAAACGACGACGUGCCAGAAUCAAUAACUGUCUAAAUGAGUUGAAGACGCUCAUUUUGGAUGCCAUGAAAAAAGACCCUGCUCGUCAUUCAAAACUCGAAAAAGCCGACAUUCUCGAGAUGACCGUCAAGCAUUUGCAAAACUUGCAACGUCAAUCCUCCCACAUGGCCGACUCGAACGUCUUGAACAAAUUCAAAGCUGGUUUCACGGAAUGCGCCAACGAAGUCAACCGUUUCCCCGGCAUCGAACCCAUCGUCAAGCGUCGCCUCUUGCAACACUUGAACAACUGCAUCAACGGCAACGCCAAACCCCAAGAAACGCCCAUCGCGCCCCACCAACAACCCUCUCCCAACAACAGCAGUUCCGUGCAAGUUCACAUCCUCCCGUCGCCCCCCAGUUCGCCGCAACGCGAACAACCCCAAAUCACGACAACCGGCAACGGCUACUACUUGAACGGCAUCCAGCUAAUCCCAACCAAAUUAUCGAAUGGCAGUGUCGCGUUCGUGUUACCGCAAGCCCCAGCACCCGUUCCCAUGCUCGUGCCCAUUCCGCAACGAACCGCCUCCACAGGUUCCGCCACGUCAAAUACCUCGCUCUACGACAACAAUUCGUCGUCGGCGUCGCAGCAUCGCUUGCAUCGCGAAAAUUCCACGUCGCCCUACCACACACCACCGAGUCCCGCCAACAGUUACGACGCCAUGGAUUGCACGCCGCCCUCGCAUGUCACCGCUGCGUCGUUGCAUCAUCAUCAUGCCGCCACGCAACAAAUGCACCACCACCAACAACAGUAUCCCGGAUCGUACAGCCCGGUGCCGCUUUCGCUCGUGAUGCGCAAAGACGAGGACGACGACAAGCCAUGGAGACCCUGGUAAAUCUCUGAAAAACAAAAAAAUCAUUAAUCUUAGCUUCUAACUGACAUGUUCUACGAGUUCGCGCGUCGAUUGAACGGAAAAAAAGUGUCAAGUCAGCGCGCGGUGUCACCUUUCGACUUCGAUAUGCAAAAUAAUUAUGGCAUAGAACGUGCCUCGCGUGAAUCGACAAAUAUGCAAAUUUUUCAUUGAGUCAUCGUUUAUCGAUCGAUUAUUGUCGAAGCUUUUUUUUUCGAUGGCAUUUCAAAGGUACGAAAAUAAAAUCGGACCUUAGACCCGUUUGUUGUCUGACUCGAAGAAAAAAAAAUUUA